AUGUCGAGCUCGACGCCGACCGCCGUCACCCGCUAUCGCCCUGCUAUACUUGUGCUCACCGGAGCGGCGGCCGCCUAUGGCGCAUACCUUCUAUACGGCAGUCUUCAGGCUGCGCCAAGCGAUGGACUGCAUCGCAGCAACGCGGUUCGGCGAGCCAACCCACAGCGGCGACCCUCACGAACAACACGCAUUAUAUCACGUCUCGAAAGCGAAGUAAACGCUUUGGGCGAACACAACGUCCUUGGCCUUGUGGUUCCACUCGACCCUCAGAACCUUAUUGCCCCAGAUGAGCUCCGAGAGUUGCUCGUGCCCAUGGCUCCGGAUGCCAGUGAAGACACUAUCGAAGUUGAGACGACACGGUUAUACGACGUAUUCCUCGAUCGAUUGCUAGAUUCCGGUUUCUCAAACCGACCACUCGCUCCUGCGGAAAUCGAAGCAGUCACUCGAUGGGUUGGUGGCAGGCUACCGAACUCUGCUACUGUUUCUCGUGCUGUAGAAAGGCGCACACAACGGUUGAACGAUGCAAGACCUGCUGAUGCAGACGGUGCUGAGAGUAUUGCGGGCACAGACAUAUCUUGGAACAGUGACGAAGACACCGAUGGUGAGGGCAUCGACCCUGAGGGACAGACACUCCAGCGUACCCUAUACCACAUCGCAGAAGAACGUGCAAGGCAAGAAGGUGUCAUCCACCGAGGGAUCACCUGCAACUCAUGCGAUGAGAAGCCCAUACGCGGUACCAGGUGGCAUUGCGCCAACUGUGUCGAUUUCGACCUGUGCUCCACGUGCGAAGCCACCAACUCGCACACCAGAACUCAUGUCUUCUAUAAAAUACGAGUGCCGGCGCCUUACCUGUCCCUGGCGAAGCAAGAACCUCUCUACCCAGGCAAACCGCACACAAUGCAUCACUCGGUCAACUCGGCGCUGAAGAGACGCCUAGCUUCGGAGACCAAAAUGGAGGUCGAAGAGAUUGAGGCGCUGUGGGAUCAAUUCACUUGCCUUGCAAGCACUGAAUGGACGGGUGAUCCCAACAAGGUUGGCUGGGCCCUCGACCGACGCGCCUUCAAUCACGCCUUUGUACCUCGAUACAACGGCUUCGUGGCCGCACCCAAUCUCAUCUACGACCGCAUCUUCACGUACUACGAUAGUGACAAGAAUGGUCUCAUUGGUUUCGAGGAGUGGAUCAAGGGCAUUGACGGUAUGCACACGACUGAUACGAAGGUCAAAGCCCGGAUUGUCUUCAACGGCUACGACAUCGACGGCGAUGGCUAUAUCUCGCGCCGAGACGUACUGCGAGUGUUUCGAGCUUACUAUGCAAUUGAGAAGGAAGCCACGCGUAACUUCGUUGCUGAAUUGACAGAAGAGCUUUCGGUGCGUAACGGUAUGGACACCAUACAAUCCAGUCAGCCUCUGGGCUCAGUAUUUCCUCCUAACAGCCUUCCAACCUCGAACACUCCGCACGUCAGUUUCGCGCGGAAGCAAAAUGGCACUUUUGAUGAAACGUCGCCUGUUGUCCUCGAUACCGACUUUGAGGUCGCCAGUCGUGAGUCCGUGAUCAAGGCCGACGAAAUUAGCCAGUUGCUUGAAGGGUCAUCCAACCAGGGCGCUGGAGAACGCUUGGUCGAGAAAGCAUGGGCUAGGCGGGAAUUUACUCUGGAUGAGGAAGAGGGCUUGACACGGCCCGAGGGCGCGAAAGACACGGACGAUGAAGAAGACGUGGCGAAUGACUAUGCAGGCCCUUCAAGCCCUGGAUCGAAGCCUGAGCGGUCUGUGUCCCGUCGGUCAUCGAGAGUGCACUUCCAAGACGAAGUUAAUCAUAGGGAUUGGUCCCAAAGGUCAGCCCAGAAGAAAUCGGUCAGCGAACAAUGGGGCGGCUACGAGAUUCCAGAGCUCGAACAAGACCUUGGGAAGGAAGUCUUGUACCAAAUCACGCAACAAGCUUUCAACGAGCUACUCGACCCUCUUUUCUGCGUCAGAGAAGACAUGGCACUGGAUGCUCGUAGUCUGCGCAGCGAGCGCCGCAAACACGCCAAAGCCAUCAAUAUCCAAUUAGAGAAGCAAUGGGGAUGGGGAAAGUACAACUCAGCAAUUUUCCGAAUGGGUGUUUUUCGAUUUCUUAAGGGCAUCGUCGAUAUCUUUUGCCAACAUAUGAAUAUGGGCGCCCUCGAGGCUAUGAAACGCCACAAGUAUAAGGACCAUCCGGAAUGGUACACCUCUAUGGUCCGCACCGCGAUUGCAGCUGCUGAGGAGCUAGCCUUGAAGGAUGUUAAAAUUCGCAACGAGGAUCCUCCUCUUGAAGGCGUAGCUGAGUGGAAUGCCGAACUUUUCAAGGAGCAGCUAUACCAGGAGAUAACAUCAGCUAUCAUUCGACUCCUCAAUUCAUCGCACCACGCCACAACGGAAGAAAUGCCUUCUGUUGCAGAGCAGCACGAGACGCUUGGGGAAGCCAGUCGUGAUCCUACGAUGCCACAGUUCCGGCCCAACUCAAUAGCCAACGAACAAGCCGAAAGACCCACCACACCAACCGUGACCCCGUCCUCGCGCAUGGAGUUCCGCGACAGCGAAGGGCGCCUGGUUAUGGAUGCAUCAGAUUCGCCAAGCAACGUCCCAGCAACUCCUCGACCCAGCCGCGACUUCUCUCAAGAAGGAGAAGCACCCUCGUCUUCGGGGCCCGCACCCACGCCCGCACCCACGCCCGCGCCCGCGCCCGCGCCCGAAGACAUCAAAGUUCCCCAUGUGACCAACACACCGUGGCUACAGACCCUUUGCCUCUCUACCUCCCCCUCCGGCACUCAGACGAUGUCUUACACGCGCCGCCAUGUUGCGCAUGUCCAGAAUCCGUACGCGAUCGCGCCCGAGCCGGACCAGACUGCCGCUCUGAUUGCAAAUCUUCGUCGCAGCGCCAAAAACCCUGAGUCACCUUUGUAUAUCAGACUACUUGCGAGCUGCGAGGCUGUGGAGCAGGAGAGUCGAAGGAGAAGAGGGGAUGGGCUGUUGAGCUUUGACGAAUUUGAGGAGGUGUUGAAGGAUGGGAGACUCAGAUUCUUGGAGAGCUGGAUGGAUUGGGUGAGUCUGUGA